AUGGUGUAUGGAUUGGGAUCUAAUACUGAUGGGUGUCUGGGUUUGGGUCAUAACGAGUUCGUAUAUUCACCGCAAGAAAUACCAGAAUUAUGUCAUCAAACGAUUCAGACAUUUAUUAUUGGAUAUGGAUUUGUGUUGGCUAUGAAUAAUACAAACCAUAUCUACAGUUGGGGUCACAAUAUAUGGGGACAGUUGGGUAGAGAUGUGACACCAUUUGGGGUUUAUUUAAAAGCCGAGAGAAUAUCGUAUUUCGACGACAAAGAUGUCCAAAAAAUCAGUUGUGGUUCCGAUCACUCACUGGCCCUCACAUCAAAUGGGAAGGUGUAUGGCUGGGGAUUGAAUAUAAAGGAACAGUUAGGGGUGUAUAAGAAUACGUAUGGCAUUGGAGUGGCGGUUAAAAAGAUCGACUUUACAGGCAAUGAUUAUCCUAAGGAAAAGGUUUUGAAAGAAGUGGAGAAUUUAAUAAAAGUGAAGUCACAAUAUGUGGUCCAAUAUUACGACUCAUGGACUAUAGAUAAUUGUCUUUACAUUCAAAUGGAGUUAUGUUCACAAAGUCUGCGAAAUAUUCUUGAAGUCAAAGCACAAAUCAUUCACAGAGACCUCAAACCCGAAAACAUAUUAAUCGCAAAGAAUGUAAGAAACGUUCACGACAAACGCAUUCACUACACAACAAAACAUACAGCAGAUGUCGGAGACAUUAGAUAUAUAGCGCCGGAAUCCUCAAACAUAUUCAAACACAUGGACAUUCCUAAACGCACCGGUACUUCAAUUACAGAGACUGUUGGUCUCAAUGAUUACGACAAAUUGGACGCAAAGACCGGAAUGUCGUGAAGUGUUGCAGAAGUAUAACGAGUGGUCUAUCGAUAGGGAUAUGAUAUCUGAGAAACAUUUCAAUGUAAUAGUGACUCAAUUGAAAUCACACGACAAUACAUUUUUUCUACAAUUAUUUCAACAUUGCUUUCAUAGAAAAC